ACCUCGUAGGAAAACUAGAAGGUCCAACGAGGAAUCAUCUCGCAGUCAUUGUAAAAAGCCUUCUAAAUUGAACAGAACUUAAUAAUUUAACAAUACUAAAUCAUGCUGUUAACAGAGUUCUUCUACGGCCCUAUUUUGGGCGCUUUUCUAGUUGUUAUAUCGACAAUUUUAUUUUAUUGGUAUUCGAUUCAAAAUCAUGAUUACUGGGAAAAAAAGAAAAUUCCUCAUGAAAAACCUCUUCCAUUCGUUGGAACACUCUUAUCUUACGUGAAGAAGCCUAUUCAUGAGGUAGAUCUGGACAGAUAUAAAAAGUUUGGACGUAUCUUUGGGCAUUAUGAGGGCACAAGACCUGUACUGAUGAUGGCAGAACCUUCUCUUUUGCGAGACAUUUUAGUCAAAGACUUUCACAUUUUUCCAAACAGGAGAACGUUUAAAGUAGGCGAUCCAGUUAUGGAUAACAUGGUAUCUGUUGUGCAAGGGGAAGAUUGGAAGAGGAUUCGAACCGUUAUCACACCCACAUUUUCUACGGGAAAAAUUAAGAGAAUGAUGUCCAUUUUUAAAGACAGCACCAAAACACUUAUUCAGAAUUUCAAUAAAGCCAUACAAAAAGGAGAAGCCAUCGAAGCUAAAAGAAUCUACGGUGCUUUCACCAUGGAUAUAAUUGCGAGCUCUGCCUUUUCUACUAAAUUGGACUCUUUCAACGACCCAGACAAUGAGUUUGUGAACAAAGCUAAAAGUGUCUUCCGGCCAAAAUACAGUUGGAGAACAAUGUCAUUCUUUUUGUUUCCUAACCUCACGAAAUGGUUAAGAAUCUCCUUUUUUCCUCCAUCGUCCACCAAUUUCUUCCGUGAUGUCACUCUCAGUAUCAUAUCAGAAAGGAAGAGAACAGGACAGACGAGAAACGAUUUUCUACAGCUGUUAAUGGAUACUGCAAAGGAACUGUCUGAUGAUCCCAAUUCGGAACUGAAUGAAAAAGAAAGUGAAGAUAUUGCUUCCUCUUAUGGUGGAGUUUCAACGGAUCAUCAAAUAUUCAAAAAUGUUUCUAAGAAAAAUCUCUCUAUGGAUGAACUCGUCGCUCAAUGCGUCAUCUUCUUCCUCGCCGGGUACGACACGACCGCUUCGACACUUGCUCUGAGUACCUAUCAACUUGCCUUAAAUCCUGAUGUACAAGACAAAGUAUAUGAAGAACUCGUGAAUACACUUAAAGAAACGAAUGGUGAACUGACCUACGAUGCUUUGCAAAGCAUGAAGUAUCUGGAUUGUAUCAUAUCUGAAACAUUGCGACUCUAUCCACCAGCAAUAAGAACCGAGAGACAAUCUGUUGCUGAAUAUACAUUUGGAGAUACAGGAAUCACGAUACCAAAGAACAUGAUUAUUUCUAUUCCAGUGUUUGCAAUGCACUAUGAUCCCGAAUUUUUCCCGAAUCCGGAAAAGUUUGAUCCAGACAGGUUUACUCCCGAGGAACGACAAAAACGAGAUCCUUAUUGUUACCAACCCUUUGGUGCGGGGCCCAGGAACUGCGUCGGUAUGCGAUUUGCACUCACAGAAGUCAAACUCUGCCUCGCAUACGUCAUCGCCAACUUCAAAAUCAAAAGAUCGCCGAAGACUCAGGUGCCCUUGAAGUUUCUAUCCGGUCAAGCAGGCCUCCUGCAACCGAAAGAUAUCUAUAUCUCUAUGAUACCGAGAGAUGACAACCCUAUAAAAAAAUAAAUUGAAGCAAAAGGAUGACGAUCACAUUACCAAAAUCCAAAAUGGUUUGCGUGAUAAAAAGAAACUGGACGAAAUGAAAACGAAAAUUAAGAAGAAAAUCUAUAUUUUAAGUAAAAUAAACAGAAAGAAAGGGCACAUUUCUAAACAAACAAAUACUUAACUAUUCCCUAUUAAAAAUGCAUAUUCGAUUUUAUCACAUCAUGUAUUUUGAACUGUCAAUUUUGAACUUCAGAUAUGCCUGUAUGUUUUAAAGUUUCAUAAGAGUGUGUUAAUAUGUAUCUUGUUACAUUUUUAUGUUUCAUAAUGCCCAUUUCCAUGAAUUCAAAGUUUGAAACGCAAAGCUGAAGAAAUAAAAUAUUUUCUUUAUAAAACAAU